AUGUCAGGUCUCGAUGUCGAGGCUCUACUUGAGUCUACAGCCGCCGCAGCGCCACAAGAUGCACGACAGUCUCAGGAACGCGAUGACCGCUCCAAAGCCGAUAGUAGUGACCGCCGGGACCGCGACCGCUCACGAGACAAGGAUCGUAGACGCCGGGACCGCAGCCGGGACCGACGUCGUGAUGCCGAUGGAGAUGAAGACAUGAAGAGUCCGAGAAGCGAACAUGGCAGUGCUAACGGAAGCCAUAGAAGCAGAAAGAGGAGCAGGAGCCGCGAGAGUGAUCGCCGUCGAUCUCGACGUGAACGCUAUGGUGAUGACUACCGAUCUGGUGGUGACUAUUACCGCGGAGGCGGGCGGGCCCGCACUCGAUCUCGAUCCCCUAAUGAUGACCGCUAUUACCGCCCUUCAGGCCGUUCCCGUCGGGACGAGAGGGAUGAAGACCGACGCUCUCGCCGUGAGCGAGACACACGCAGACGUAGCCCGAGUCGUGAAAGAACCCCAGAGCUCAACGAGGAUGAGCGCGACAGACGUACCAUCUUUGUACAACAGCUUGCGGCACGUCUGAGAACAAAGGAACUGGUUGCUUUCUUUGAGAAAGUUGGACCGGUUAAAGAAGCUCAGAUUGUCAAGGAUCGCGUUAGUGGUCGGUCUAAAGGUGUCGGUUAUGUCGAAUUUAAGAACGAAGAUUCCGUUGCUCCUGCUAUUCAGCUUACAGGACAGAAGCUUCUAGGAAUUCCAAUUAUCGCACAGUUAACUGAAGCGGAAAAGAAUCGUCAGGCUCGCAACCCGGACGCCAGCAGUGGCAAUAAUCACGCAGCUCCAUUUCACAGGUUGUACGUGGGUAACAUCCAUUUCAGCAUCACUGAAAAUGACCUCCAGAAUGUUUUUGAGCCGUUUGGCGAGCUCGAGUUUGUCCAGCUUCAGAAGGAUGAAACCGGUAGAAGCAGAGGUUAUGGCUUUGUCCAAUUCCGUGAUCCCAAUCAAGCUCGGGAGGCACUAGAAAAGAUGAACGGGUUUGACCUUGCUGGUCGAGCAAUCCGCGUUGGCCUUGGCAACGAUAAGUUCACCCCUGACUCGAGUGCUCAACGAUUGCAGAGCCAAGGUGCAAACCAACAGAAUUUCCAGGGCUCUUCAUUCUCGGGCCAUGGAGGCCGUGGUAUCCAGGCCGGUGGUACUAGCAACUUCGACCGUGCUGGCGGCCGAGAUUCUGAAAAAGGGGCCGGUGCUAGUGCUUUGGAUGAUACGGAUGUUGCUGGUGUAAACUUCAACAACUAUAGUAGGGACGCAUUGAUGAGGAAACUCGCAAGAACAGAUGAACCCUCAGAGUCGUCCGCCGACGAUAAGCAGAAGGUGCUUCGGCCUAAAACAGAAACCAAGCCAUUGCCUGUCAACGUCAACAUGGCGAGUCGGUGUGUUAUGCUUCGUAAUAUGUUUGAUCCUGGCGAGGAAGAAGGUGAAAGCUGGAUUAAAGAGCUAGAGGAUGACGUCCGCGCUGAGUGCGAAGAAAAAUAUGGCCAUGUUGUUCACAUUGCACUAGAUCCUAACUCGCAAGGCGAUAUCUACCUGAAGUUCGACCGCGUCCAGGGUGGUGAAAACGCCAUCAAAGGCUUGAAUGGACGAUUUUUCGGCGGCAAACAGAUCACUGCGCAACCCGUUGUCGACGCUGUUUACAGCAGUUUGUUCUCUCGAACCAAGGCGAUUUAG